CUUUAAUUGACAGGUGAAGAGUCUUCUUGGUAAUCGUACAAAAUCAGUGGCGAAGAAGAAACUGAUCUGUUCGCCAGUAUCGCAAUUGAAGAAGAUCGGUCGACGACAAUGGUGGACUUCGCACGCGUACAGAAAGAACUUGCGGAGUGUAACAGAGACAUGGAGAUUUCUGGUGUAAGCAUAAUGCUCCACGGUAAUGGUAACGAUCUUUCCCAUCUCUCGGGAACCAUAUCCGGCCCUGUCGCCACGCCUUAUGAAGGCGGAACCUUUCAAAUCGACAUCAGAUUGCCUGAUGGGUACCCUUUUGAGCCUCCAAAGAUGCAAUUUGUAACUAAAGUUUGGCACCCAAACAUUAGCAGUCAGAAUGGGGCAAUAUGCUUGGAUAUCUUGAAGGACCAAUGGAGCCCAGCCCUCACACUUAAAACAGCACUUCUUUCCUUACAAGCAUUGCUAUCUGCUCCUGAACCUGAUGAUCCUCAAGAUGCAGUGGUAGCUCAACAGUAUCUUCGAGACUAUCAGACCUUUGUUGGCACAGCUCACUAUUGGACUGAAACUUUUGCAAUGAGAUCAUCUAUUGGAACUGAAGAAAAAGUACAAAAAUUGGUGGAGAUGGGCUUCCCUGAGGGCUUGGUAAGGGCAACUUUGGAAGUUGUAGGUGGUGAUGAGAACAUGGCUCUGGAAAAGCUUUGCUCUGGCUAGAAUGGUCUUGCUGCGGCUUCCAUCAUCUUCUUCACUCUUGUCAGCUUCUCUAUCUCUUUUAGUGUCUGAAAAUUGUUACGAAGACAAGAAAUCAUAUGAAAAGUUAGUGUCAUAGAAGCUCUUGAUUACUAUUGUUUUGAUGUCAUAUCAAUAGAAAGCAUAUUUCAUCACCUCAA